GACACCGCAAAUAAUUAAAAAAUCUGCUUAAGUAGUUAGUCGUUUGUUCUGCCUCCGGCUCUGCAUUUGCAAGCUCCGAAACAAUGGCAGACGAGGUUGUUCUGCUAGACACAGAUAUUAGCAUGUUCGGGAUGAGGGUUAGGAUAGCCUUGGCAGAGAAGGGGAUUGAGUACGAGAACAAGGAGCAAGACUUGAUCAACAAGAGUCCUCUUCUUCUUCAGAUGAACCCGAUUCACCAGAAGGUCCCCGUUCUCAUCCACAACGGAAAGACGAUCUGCGAGUCUCUCAUCAUUAUUCAGUACAUCGAUGAGGUCUGGAAGGAUAACUCUCCUCUGAUUCUGCCCUCCGACCCUUACGAGAGAGCUCAAGCUAGGUUUUGGGCUGAUUACGUCGACAAGAAGGUGUAUGAUUCUGCGAGGAAGAUAUGGACCACAAAAGGAGAAGAACUGGAGGCAGCAAAGGAGGAGUUCAUAGGAAUCCUAAAGGUCUUAGAGGAUCAUCUUGGUGACAAUCCAUACUUCGGAGGGGAAAAUUUUGGCUAUGUUGAUAUUGCUUUGGUCUCGUACUAUACCUGGUUUUACACCUACGAGACCUUUGGCAAUUUCAGCAUCGAGCCUAGGUUGCCCCGGCUGAUUUCGUGGGCCAAGAGGUGCAUGCAGAAGGAGACUGUGUCCAAGUCCCUUGCCGACGAGAAAGAUGUCUACAACUUCGUUGUUAUGUUAAGGAAGAGGUACGGUGUUGAGUAGGGUGUUCAAGAUAAGUGGAGAUUUGCCUUAUAUUUGUGUCAUCCUUAUUAGGUAUAAAUAAGAUUACACUUGGGUGUGUCUCGGUCAAAUAUGUAAGGAAAGAUGUUUUCAAAUUGCAUUUUCUGGUCGGAAAAUGUAAGUUCAGUGUUCAUCGUACAAUUAUAUGCUUUUGCGUUUUCAUUUUUCAA